AUGGUUGGCGGAAACUUUCCCAGAGACGUUGUUACCGAGCAAGAAUGUUGCCUUCGACUCUGCUUCUGGACUACCGACGAACGGCCAGUGUUCCUGUCCAGCGUGUUCUGGCCCAGAGGAGGUUGCAUGCUGGAUAAGAACGGGAUGCCGGUGACCAUUGAGAAUGGCGGCUAUCUCUCUGACCCCGGGCACGACACUACAAUCGUUGACGUUGGUGCGAACUAUGAUCGGGUGGAAGAAGUUGAGCUUCCCGAUGAAGUUCAGCAAGCUUGGGAUCAGGGUCAAGAUUUUCCAGGAGACAUACAUCAAGCAUGGCAGGACGGCUGCAGUUCCUUCGAGUUGCCUGUGGGAAGCUCGCCACCUACUAUGUUUCAAAACUACAAGUUCUCACUUGCGGAUGACGAAGCCGAUGAGCCAUUAGGAUGCAUCGUGAGCAUGGUUAUCAGCAUGUGGAGGGGCGCCAGAGCGGCAGGGAUUCUACCCAACCUUGCGCGGCAGUUGAUUCUCUCCUACCUGUUUUUCCCUCUGGAGCCACGUUCCUUGUCAGGGAGCCUGGCCGUUGCAGUAGGCGUGCUAACGGCCCCGGAGAGAAUAAAACACAAGGAUCAGGAAGAGGGUGAGGAGGAAGGCGAGUGUGUCAUUUGUGGCGGGCCUGCGGUUAGUUGGCUGGGUGGCCAGGGUGUGAAAGCUGCUUCAUGGAGCAUUGAUUAG